GAACACGGCCAGUUUGGAUCAGUUUGAGCGAAUCAAGACCAUGGGCACGGGCUCAUUUGGGAGGGUGAUGCUGGUGAAACACAAGGAGACCGGGAAUCACUAUGCCAUGAAGAUCCUGGAGAAACAGAAGGUAGUGAAGCUCAAACAAAUUGAGCACACCCUCAAUGAGAAAUGGAUCCUCCAGGCCAUCAACUUUCCAUUCCUCGUCAAACUAGAGUAUUCUUUCAAGGAUAACUCCAAUCUGUACAUGGUGAUGGAAUACAUCCUGGGCGGGGAGAUGUUCUCUCACCUACGGCGGAUCGGGAGGUUCAGUGAACCUCACGCCCGGUUCUACGCUGCUCAGAUCGUCCUGACCUUUGAGUAUCUGCACUCGCUGGAUCUCAUCUACUGAGACCUGAAGCCAGAGAAUCUCUUGAUAGACCAGCAGGGAUACACAGAGGU